AUGGCACCUCGACCAAUUUUCACCAUUACGCACCCGCGAGCCUGCUCCACGGCUUUUGAACGUGUCUUCAUGACCCGUAGAGACGAACUGGCUAGCCAGCAUGAACCAUUUGGAGACGCAUACUACUUCGGCCCAGAAUGCGUCAGUGAGCGCUUCAAGGACGACCCUGCUCGCCGCGAAGAAAGUGGUGUAUCGGAUGCCACGUUCAAGAGCGUACUAGAAGGAUUUGACGAGGUGGCAAGACAGGUUCGCUUUCUCUCAUAUGCAAAUCUGUGUUCUUCCGCCGGUGUUUCUGAUUUUAUUGUCGUUGGUGGCGGAGCCUCAAUGUAA